GGCGAGCUAAUACAGUGCAUUCGUCGCCGGAGAAUGAUGUUGCAUUUCACCCAAGUGGAAAUUUCUUGGUGACUGGCGGCGAUCACGAUACAAUAAGAUUGCUUAAUUUAUUAGAAGGUCGACCAAUUUAUACACGUUGCUCGUUUGGAAAUCUAAUUUGCAUAUAUUUGAUGCCAAUAGCUCUCGAAACAAACAAGCCAGAGUCCAAAUUGAUUUUAGUGAUGCAACAGGUCCACAUAACUAAGCCAUAGACACACCAGUUGUUGGAGUACCAAAAAGCUGUGAUGACAGUAUUUUAAUUGAUCCAUGACAAUCGGUGGCAAAUGGAAUGCGUGAUGAAAUUUUCUGUUACAUUAAGAAGCUCAUAGAGGACAGAGCUGUUGGUGAGGAAGAUGUCGAGUUACUGCAGUACUGCAACUUGGAAAAUCCGCAUUUCGCACGUGCCCCACUCGUAUGGAAUAGUAGCUUAUGUCAAAAGGCUGGUUUUAGUAUAAUGCGGCAUUCGCAGCAUACCCUCACUGGCGCCGAGCCGUUGAAGAAAUUUUGGCAAAUAAACGUGCAAGAAAUAGUUCCGAUAAUAGCACGUCCAUAUUCUUGUUAAGGGUCAUCAAAAAAAUUCCUUGUGUUGUAAAUAAUAAAGGGAAUGCCGGAUUAUACUAAAGCCAGCUUCCCGACA